CAUGGCGGCGGUCGACGUUGAGCGUGCCAAACUCGAGGCGAACAUGAGAAAUCUCAAGUUGGCUGGUCACGUUGGGUUUGACAGUCUUCCCGAUCAGCUGGUGAAUAAAUCCGUGCAGAAUGGAUUUGUCUUCAAUAUUUUAUGUAUCGGUGAAACUGGCCUGGGGAAAUCGACACUCAUGGACUCGUUGUUCAAUACGAGUUUCGAGUCCAAUCCGAGUCCCCACAAUUUACCAACUGUCAAGCUGAAAUCUCACACUUACGAACUGCAGGAGAGCAAUGUGAGGCUGAAGCUGGCAAUUGUUGAUACUGUUGGGUAUGGGGAUCAGAUUAAUAAGGAGGACAGCUUCAAGUCGGUGGUGGAUUACAUAGAUGCUCAGUUCGAGGCGUAUCUGCAGGAGGAGCUGAAGAUCAAGAGAUCUCUGGGGACUUACCAUGACACCAGAAUUCACGUCUGCUUGUAUUUUAUUUGUCCUACUGGGCAUGGAUUAAAGUCUAUCGAUCUCGUCUGCAUGAAAAAAAUCGACACCAAAGUCAACAUUGUCCCGAUUAUUGCUAAAGCUGAUACCAUAUCAAAGACAGAACUCCAGAAAUUUAAGAGUAAAAUAAUGUCAGAGCUCCAGAACAAUGGAGUCAACAUUUACCAAUUCCCCGUGGACGACGACAACGUAGUCGAGAUAAAUUCCACGAUGAAUGCUCACGUGCCAUUUGCUGUGGUCGGUAGCACUGACUUUGUGCGCGUUGGGAACAAGAUGAUGCGCUCGCGUCAGUAUCCAUGGGGCACAGUUCAAGUGGAGAACGAGACCCACUGCGAUUUCGUUAAAUUACGGGAGAUGCUGAUCAGAACGAACAUGGAGGACAUGAGGGAGAAGACGCACUGUCGUCACUACGAGCUCUAUCGUAAAAAGCGACUGGAGCAGAUGGGAUUCAGUGAUGUGGACAGUGAUAAUAAGCCUGUCAGCUUUCAGCAGACUUGUGAGGCUAAGAGAUCCACUCAUUUGCAGGAAUUACAGCAGAAGGAGGACGAAAUGAGACAAAUGUUUGUUGCUAGAGUCAAGGAGAAGGAGGCUGAAUUGAAAGAAGCGGAAAAGGAGCUCCACAAUAAAUUCGAUAAGCUCAAAAAAGACCAUAUGGAGGAGAAAAAGAAAUUAGAAGAAAGUCGGAAGAAGUUGGAGGACGACAUAGUUGAGUUCAAUCGUCGAAAAACUCAGAUUGCUCAGCAGUCUCAGCAUCACAUGUUAACUCUCGGCAAAAGCAAGAAGAAAUAAUUCUGAAGUCCAACUGAGAUGAACAGAACGAUUCCACACGUUCUUCCAACGAUUCCGAACCGAAGUGGUGGACCGAAAUGAUUUUGCCUAUUUAAACUGUAGCACAAAUCGAAAAAGGUCUGAAAAUUUCGAUACGUUCUUCGGAUUCGGAGGUAUUUGGCGAAAAAUUGUUGAGCAAAAUCGAUACAUCUCGUCCCACCACUCAAAUAUGAAUUUCUUUUCUAUAAUUUAUGAAUGACGACAAAAUUCGUAUUUUCUUUCUAGCAUUUUUUAUGGUCUCGUAAUGUCGAAAGACCAGCGACGUCUGUCGCAGCAUUUAAUCAAGACAUUUAUCUUCACAAAACAUUAUGCAUUAUAAUUUAUGAUCCAAGUCAUCUUCAAUGAGUUACACGUGCCAUUAAUCGGUAUACAGUACUUUAAUUUAGUGGUAAACACAUCAUGAACCAAAUUAACAUGCCUACAUUAAUCCACGAAUGGAUAAUAAUUAAGUUUAUAAGUUUGUAAGUGCUCUCUUUACACCCACAUCGAAUUGUACGAAAAUAUUUAGGUAAAAAUAAAGAGGUCUUUGAUAAAACA